AUGGAACCAUUGGAUGAAGCUGACGGGCAGCAUGAACCACAGAACAGGACGAAACAAUCUCGGAAGGGCUUCGAGGAGACUCGGCGUAACUGGGUGGCCUGGUGGAAUGGACUGACUACAGGAGGAGUCAUUCACCUGUUUGCCCUCUCGCAGAUAUUGCUUUUCUCCUUUAUGUUUUGGAACGAUGGCUGUGAGACCCUCCCAGCAGUUCAGAAUGCUUUCGAUGUCUUAUCCAAGGUGCUUACUCCGUUUGGACAGCUGGUUGCAGAUUCUAGCAAGGAUCUGAUAAGAAUUGGAGGCAUCACAAUGUCAUAUGUCCUGCUGUCUUUGUUUUCCUUUGGCUUGCUGCUCAUGGGAACCUUGGUUUGGUAUCUUGUGAAGACUCCUCCAGACGACCCAUUCCCUCUCCCAGAAGACAGGAGACAGUCUGUAAGCCGCCAGCCUUCAUUUACCUACUCUGAAUGGACGGAGGACAAAAAUGAAGAUGACUUCCUUGAUCUGGACCCAGUGCCAGAGACACCAGUUUUUGACUGUGUCAUGGACAUGAAAGCAGAGACCGAUCCAGCAACACUGACAGUUAAAUGUGUGGGACUGCAAGAAAGGAGGGGUUCCAAUGUUUCACUCACACUGGACAUGUGUACUCCAGGCUGUUCUGAGCAAGGUUUUGGUUAUAUCAUGUCUCCAAGGGAAGAAUCGGCGCGAGAAUACCUCCAGACAGCAUCCAAUGUUCUCACUGCAGAGGAGCUGCACACAAAAGCGUUAGAUUCUUUUGCACUUCAAACAGAGUUUUUUGAAAUCCCGAUGAACUUCAUUGACCCAAAGGAAUAUGAUAUUCCAGGUUUGGUGCGAAAGAAUCGCUACAAAACUAUUCUCCCAAAUCCUCAUAGCAGAGUGUGCCUUACCUCAGACGAUCAAGAUGAUCCCCUGAGCUCUUACAUCAAUGCCAACUACAUCAGGGGCUAUGGAGGAGAAGAGAAAGUGUACAUUGCGACUCAGGGACCCAUCGUGAAUACUGUCAGUGACUUCUGGAGAAUGGUGUGGCAGGAGCGUUCUCCGAUUGUUGUCAUGAUCACCAAUAUAGAAGAGAUGAAUGAGAAAUGUACGGAAUACUGGCCAGAAGAUCAGGUUACCUAUGAAGGACUUGAAAUCACCAUUAACAGAGUGAUACAAGCUGAUGAUUACCGGUUAAGGCUUAUUACCCUAAAGAAAGGUGAAGAAAUAAGGAAUCUGAAACAUUACUGGUAUACAUCUUGGCCUGACCAGAAGACCCCUGACCAAGCACCUCCCCUGUUGCAACUGGUUCAGGAAGUAGAAGAAGCCGUGCAGUGUGCCGAAGAAAAAAAUGCUCCAAUCAUUGUUCACUGCAGUGCAGGGAUUGGGAGGACUGGCUGCUUUAUUGCCACCAGCAUUUGCUGCAAACAGUUGAAAAAUGAGGGUGUUGUUGACAUACUCCGAACAACUUCCCAGCUACGGCUAGACAGGGGAGGAAUGAUCCAGACUUCCGAACAGUAUCAGUUUGUGCAUCAUGUCAUGAGCUUGUACGAAAAGCAGUUUUCAAGAGCAACGGCUGAAGAAUGA